CAUGUAGCUAUCGACCAAUGAAACCUCCCAAUGAUUCAAGUUCUAGUAGGCGUACGUGCCUGCCUCGGGAGCUUGGCACGGCCCUCCCUCUCGCUGCCAGUUUCGCCAAACAUCUGCCAGCCUGGCACUGACAGGCUUCGAUUCGCUACGACAAGCUCCCGCCGACACAGUCUCCGUGCAACGUAUCCGACUUGGCCGGACUGGAUUCUCACGAUCCGCCAACACAAAUCUACCAACGGCCAAAGUCGUAUACACUCAUUCUAUCCGGCAUGCUUCUCGCGACCAUCGUCUCUGUAACAUUGCUGUAGAUACAGCAACUUCUCCGGCUCUGACACUUCGUGCCGCUACUACAAAACACAUAUCUCGUCAACCCGACCAACCUAAAAGUCUCGCUGUCGACCUUAGCCUCGCCCCGUCCACCAAGUCUAUCAUCAAGAUGAAGGCAGGGAUUUGGGCCGCUGUCUUGGGCAUGUCCCUUUGGACAGCUGGUGCCCUGGAAGUGAAGAUGGACCAAACCGACGAGAAUAGACAGAGAUGCUCAGGCAUGUACAGUCGCAGCGCCUGGGGCGGACCUGUCGACCCUUACAUCAACGUCAUGUUCCUUCCGAAAGAGGCUCCGGCCGACCAAGAUCCUGUCGUGAGCUUGGUCAUCUUUGAAUGGAAGGACGAGGACUUAAUUGGUGUCCGCGAAAGCCCAGAUGCCGAAAAUAAAAUUGGCAUUUGUCAGGAGGCAUAUGUCCAGAAGAACUACUGCAACGAGACGGAUAUCGGCAAGUUCAUCAUUGAUCCCGAUGCCACCACCAAGUCGAAGAACAUGAUCGAGACGAAGGCUAUCCACCUCAAGGAGCCGCAGACGACCAAGUACAUGAUUGGAAAGACUGGCUACUACUGUGUUCUGACCGACAAGUUCUCCGCGGGCGAUUUCACUGCAAUUGUUGAGUUCCGUAAUGCCUACGGCGAGCUGCCUGCUACGCAAAUCCCGAAGCUGCCUUUCUAUGGAGGAAUCACCAUACUCUAUGCGCUGGUUGCAGUGUUCUGGGGGUUUCUAUACUAUCAGCACCGACAUGAUAUUUUGCCGGUCCAAAACUACAUCACGGCCAUUCUCAUCUUUCUGGUUGUAGAGAUGUUGAUGACUUGGGGAUUCUAUGACUACCUUAACCGGAACGGCGCAAACAUCGGCUCCAAGGUGUUGCUGGUUAUAGUAGCGAUCCUGAAUGCUGCUCGCAAUUCCUUCUCUUUCUUCUUACUGCUCAUUGUGUGCAUGGGAUACGGGGUCGUGAAGCAUACGCUUGGGCGCACCAUGAUCUGGGUGCGGUGGCUCGCAAUCGCUCACUUCCUUUUUGGACUUGUUUACGCAAUAACAAGCUUGCUAAUUACUCCCGACGCUGCUGGCCCAUUCGUGCUACUCAUAGUCCUCCCUCUUGCUAGCACCUUGACCGGUUUCUAUGUGUGGACUCUCAACUCCUUGAACUUCACUCUAAAGGAUCUGCGCGAGCGCAAGCAGCAUGCCAAGGAAGCCAUGUACAGGAAGCUCUGGUGGUGUAUCUUGAUCAGCAUUUUCGUCAUCUUUGGCUUCUUCUUCUUCAACAGCUUCAGCUUCGCAUCCGUCAACGACCCCGACUACGUCCCCUUCCACUGGAAGUCCAGAUGGUUCGUUCUUGACGGUUGGCUGAACCUUGUCUACUUCGCCGACGUGGCUUUUAUCGCCUACGUUUGGAGGCCCACCGCCAACAACAAACGCUUCGCCAUGAGUGACGAGAUCGCCCAAGAUGAUGACGGUACGUUCACGAUGGCGGACAUUGGAGCGCCGGACGAUUCGGACGAUGACGAGGAGGCUCAAUUGGGCAAGAGCAACAACGAAGGGCCGCAGCCUGCAGGCCAUGCUGCUUCCUCGGGUAUGCCGGCGAGCAGUAUGCCGCAGCAACAGCCACAAAGGCACGUCCCGCGCGAGUCUUUGGACGGCGAGACAAUCUUCGCCGUUGGAGAGGAUGGCGACAGAUUCUCUGACGACUCUGACGAGGAAGACGCCAAGUUGGUAAGCAAGAAAUAGAGAGGGACGUUUUGGAUUUUCGGGCAUCAGACAAAAAGCAGCAAUCCUGUAAUUGCAAUGUACAACAUCAAGUCACCCUGAGGACGGCGUUGGCGUCAUCUGCACGUUCUCGAGCAGAGAAGGCUAUU